AAUGCAAGGAAUCGGACACGGGAAGAUAGAAGGAGUAAGACAGCAUGGAGGUGGAACUACAACAACCCUUCAUAUUUUCCUUAAUUUCCCUCCUUAUUUAGAGUGCCACGCCUCGCCCAUGACCUGAGUGAGUGCCAGAGUGCCUAGUGCCUCCCCUCACCAAAUAUUAACAUCCCAGGAGACGUAAUAGAGGAGAAAUCACCAAAAAUAUACAGAUGCCUGGCGAGGGAGACAAACAGAGGUGGACGGAGACACCAAAACACAACGACAACUCCAAGAACAACAACAACAACAAGGACAGGCCAGCGACGAGCACCAGGAAGUGAGAAAAAAAGGGAAAAACAAGACUCGCAUUGCCUAAACACAAACAAACGCACAAGACAAGCACACAAGCGGCCGACAUCAGCAAUGGAGCUCGGAAUUGUGUCGAUAAGGAUUUUUGAUCGCAUUUAGACAUUUGAGAACGCUUUAGGAAGAUGAUGAUGGAUUUUGAGAGUGGCGUAGAGGAGUGGAAGAAGAAAAAACGGCUCCAGUACUCAUAAAUCUAUAAAUACGUGUGUGUGAGUGAAAAAAAGCAAGAAAAAGGUCGGAAAAACACAACAAACGCAAUAAUAACCAGAAAAAAAGAAAAAAAAACAAGGUGAACAAUAAUGAAAGACUAAUUAAGGUGUGAGGUGAGCAUCAGGUGGCCUCGUUAGUGCCAGGUGACUAUGGUGAGGUGGCUGGACAGGUGAGGGGAGUGAGGGGCAGGUGAGGGGAGUGGUGUGUGAUGGGGAAUAAGAAGAAAGGUAAAGGUGAUGCUGGCUCUGACAAUACUGAAGAGGAGGAAGCUGUGACAGAGAAGUGACCGUUUGUACAUGUGUGUGUCUGUAGAGUGACGGCUGCUAACACACACACACACACACACACACACACACACACACACACACACACACACACACACACACACACACAGGGAGAUAUAUAGACACAUUAACAAACAUCUCAAUUUUUCCAUAAACCUCACAAAAAACAAACACAAGCAAAGACAAGACUUAAAAACAAACAAAUAAACAAACACACACACCUGUAAAUAUAAAAAAAACACCUUAAUUCUUUCAUAAACCCCCCAAAAAAACACAAGCAAAAAUAAUAAAAAAAAAAAAACACGAAAAAUCAAGUAGAUCAUCUCGAAAACCACAAUACACCACCACCACCACCACCACAACCUUACAUUACCUAACCUAACCUAACUUAACCUAACCGAACCACUACCACCACCACCACCACAGCCCAACCCAAACCAACACAUGCAAACCAGCCACCACCACCACUAACCUAACCUAACCCAACCCAACUCAACAAUACAAAAAACACCACACCACCACACACCACCACUACCACACCCCCAACCCAAACAAAAAUGGCCACGUAUUGCUUAGAGGACCCAGUAUCGCCAGACCUGUCCUGUCCGAUCUGCUUUGAGGACUACGACAUCCUCUCUAGACAGCGCGCCCCCAAGCUGCUCCUCUGCCUCCACACCUUCUGCUACGGGUGUGCGCAGCGACUGUGGCGAGCGGACGGCACCCUGGAGUGUUCACUGUGUCGCGCUGUUCAUUCCGAGGUCACCCUGGCUGAUCUCUUUGACAAUUUGGUGAUUUUGCAGCAUCUUAGGAAGAAACGUGAGGAGCAGGACCUGGAGUUAGCACGCAGGCUGGAUAUGGAGAUGAGACGAGGGGAAAAUGACACCGCCGUCCCCAACACCCAGCGGACCCCUGAGCCCCCCCCGGAUGUCAUAGACCUGACCAGCCCCAGGACGGAGGUGGUGGAGGAGGAGGAGGAGGAGGAGGAGGAGGAAGAGAAUGAGGAAGAGGAAGAGGAAGAGAGGAACCUCAUCGAUGCCCUGGGGAUGAUGGCCGGAGGAGUGGGCAGCCCUGUGUCCCUUGGCCCAGCCCUCAGCCCCACCCUAGACCCCCCCGCCAGGGCGCAGGACGGUGCAUACCACGAUGCUCUGUUCUUCUCGAGCUUCAGCGACGAGGAACACAACAAUAUGUCAGGAUCGGAGGGAGGACUGGAGGAGGAGGAGGAGGAAGAAGAGGAAGAAGAGGAGGAGGAGGAGGAGAGCAAUGGGAAUAUUACUCUUGAGGAAUUGCUGUACCGACAUCAGGAUUCGCUGGAGUUGGAGGAGGAGGUGGAGGAGCAGGAGGAGCCGGAGCAGGAGGAGGAGGUGGAGGAGGAGGUGGAGAUGCCCUGGAUGCCACAGUGCCUUGGUGGAGAAGUGCCAAGUGACAAUGAGGGGGACCUACAGCUCGACCUUGACUUGGAGAUCCCGGAGGAGGAGGAGGAGGAGGAAGAGGAUGAGGUGGAGGUAGAGGACAAUGAACGUGAAGAAGAGCAGGAGGAGGAGGAAGAGGAAGAGGAGGAGGACAGGUGGCACUCUGCUAGCGAUGACAUCACUUCGUCUCCCUGGCUGGAUGAAGACUAUAGUAUGGAUGACGACACACCAGACACCCCUGAUUUCCUCGACUGGUUUGUGACUUUCUAGUGCCCCCCCCCUCUGUCCCCUGCCCUCCAUGCACCUCCUCCUCUCACCUCUCACCUCCUCUCUCUUUCCCUCUCCUCUUUCAUUAAGUGAGAAAAGAUAGACUGUUUUCUCGCUUUCUUACUCUCUCUCACCACCUCUCCUCCUCUUCUCUCUUCUCUCUUCUCUCUUCCCUCUCCUCUCUUCUCUCAUUAAGUAGGAAAAUAUUGUUCUCUCGCUUUUCUUACUCUCUCUUCUCUUCUCUCCUCCUCUCCUCUCUUCUCUUCUCUUCUGUCUCUUUUUCCUCCUCUCGUCUUUCAUUAAGUGGGGAAAGAUGACCGUUUUUCUGUCUCUCAUCUUCUUUUUCUUCUCUUCAGUUCUCCUCAUUGUUCUCCUUUUCUCUCUUCUGUUUUUAUCUUCUGUCCUCCUCUUCUGUUUUAUUGUCUGUCCUCCUCUUCUCUCUCUUUAAUUCUACUCAUUGUCUUCCUUUUCUUUCUCCUCCUCUUUUGCCUUCCUCUUCCCUUUUAUCAUCUCUUCUCCUCUCUCUCUCUCUUUCUCUUAUCUCUCUUUAUUUCCUCCUCUUCCUCUUCCUUUUUAUCAUCUUUUCUCCCUCCCUCUCUCUUAUCUCUCCUUAUUUCCUCUUCUUCCUCUUCCCUUUUAUCAUUUCUCCUCCUCUCUCCUCUCUUUCUCUCUAUCUCCUUAUCUCCUCCACACCACCACAGUGUCUCAUAUAUGAAGCAUUCCCUGACCCCCCAAUUAUCACCCACCCCCCUAUAAAUAGUAUGAGACAUUGAUAUACAAAGAAAGGAAAGAGAAAAUAUACUAACACUAAUUUA